UGUGUCCAUCACAGGGUUGCUCUCAGGUGCUCAGUUAAUUCCAGCAUGCUACCGUGAUAGGUUGCCACCUGUGCAAUAAGUCCAUCUGUGAAAUUUCCUUGCUACUGAAUAUUCCACAGUCAACUGUUAGUGGUAUUAUAACAAAAUGGAAGCAACUGGGAACAACAGCAACUCAGCCACGAAGUGGUAUUCCACGUUAUAUGAGAGAGCGGUGUCAGCAUAUGCUGAAGUGCACCGUGCGCAGAAGUCAUCAACUGUCUGCAGAGUCAAUAGCUAAAGACCUCCAAAGUUUGUGUGGCCUUCAGAUUAGCACAACAACAGUGCACAGAAUGAGUUUCUAUGGCCGAGCACCUGCAUCCAAGCCUUACAUCACCAAGUACAAUGCAAAGCGUCGGAUUCAAUGAUGUAAAGCACACCACAGCUAGACUCUAGAGCAGUACUUGCCUGACUGCAUUGUGCCAAGUGUUAAAUUU